GUGUCCCCUCCCCCUUUAAAAAGCGAAUCCCUCGCCGACGACGACUCGGCGUGGACGACGAAGGCGACGCGCUAGGGUUUCCUCCCCUUCCCCACCCUCCCUCUUCGAGAGAGAUCGAGAAAGAUCGAGAGAGAUCGGGGAAUAUUAGGGGGAUUUAGGUCUUCAAUGCUCCGUUAUCUCCCUUGAUCCGAUCGCGAAGGUUUCUCAAAUGACUUGGCAGUGUUGAGUUCUCCAAAUAGCAGCAUACACCGUUGAUGAUUAACUUCCGCUAGUUGCUAUGGAUUUGGGUUCUAUACUCGUCAAGCUUGUAAACGGGCUUGAUUCUUCUGGCCUUAAAAUUUUUGGAUGUCUUCUAACUGCGGGAUCGUUUGGGUUGUUUGCGCUUCUUUAUACUUUUCUUAAAUUGCAAAAGCAGGCGUCCCUUAACUGGGUUAAGGUUGCUGCUAGAGAAAAGAAGAAAGUAUGGAAGAAGUUAAAGUGCCCCACUUCGCAUCACACAUGGAAAGAGGAUUAUUUUCGUAGCGGUCAGGCUUCCACAUGUUGUGUUUGCCUAUCAUCACUAGUCUCUCCACAAACGCCUGGUGUAAAUGGUGCGGACAGUGUACCUCUUCAUUAUUGCGCUGUAUGUGGUGUUGCAGCUCAUUUUCGUUGUUCUCCGAAUGCAACGAAGGACUGCAAAUGUGUAGCACAAACUGGUUCUCCGCACUUGGUUCAUCAUUGGUCGGAAAGAUGGGUUGACCUGGAUGGGAACCUUGAGACGUCUUCCUUUUGCUAUUACUGUGAUGAACCAUGUGGUAUACCUUUUCUCAGUGCUUCUCCUAUAUGGCGUUGCCUAUGGUGCCAGCGUCUGAUUCAUGUCGAUUGUCAUGCCAAACUAUUGAAGGAGGCAGGUAAUAUUUGUGAUCUGGGUCCUCUACGCAGGCUUAUUCUUUCACCGCUCUCUGUGAAAGAAGUUGAUGACGGACUGGCAAAUGGCGGAAUGCUGACCUCUAUAAAGGAAGGGUUAAUUGCUUCAUCAGUUAGAGGCCGGAUAAGAAGGCGACAAAACCGGAAUAAAAGUCAUUCUUCUUUUUACGGAAUUGCCAGCAGUAAAUCGCCGCCGACUUCUGGCAACGGCUCAACUCUUGAUUCUAUGCUUAGAGGAUUUGUUGCACUGCAGAAUUUGAACCAGAAGAACAUUGUACCCUCUCCAAAGAAUGAUAGUGGGUUGGCAAAUCUGAAGUUGACUGAAAGUGCUCUUAAACAGAAAAAUGGUUGUGCCACUGGGACUGGGGACAAAAAGAAAUAUAAACUGGUAGAUUUACAGCAAGAUGCAAGACCACUUCUUGUUUUUAUUAAUGCCAAAAGUGGAGCUCAAUAUGGCCCUUCUCUUCGAAGGAGAUUGAACAUGCUGCUGAAUCCAGUACAGGUUUUCGAACUCAGUGCUUCUGAGGGUCCUGAAGUCGGACUUGAGCUAUUUCGUAAUGUGCAAUACUUCAGAGUUCUUGUCUGUGGUGGAGAUGGUACUGUUUCGUGGGUUCUUGAUGCCAUUGAAAAGCAAAACUUUGAAUCUCCUCCACCAGUCGCCAUACUUCCUCUUGGAACAGGGAAUGACUUGUCGCAUGUUUUACAAUGGGGUGGAGGAUUGUCUUCUGUUGAAGGAAAAGGUGGUUUGCAUGCUUUGCUAGAUGAUAUUGAUAGCGCAGCAGUUACAAUGCUUGAUCGCUGGAGUGUUGCAAUCAAGGAAAGUGGCGCAGAGAAAGGUCAAACUACAACCCAAGUGAAAUUUAUGACCAAUUAUCUAGGUGUUGGUUGUGAUGCAAAGGUUGCUUACGACUUCCAUAUGACUCGAGAAGAAAGACCUGAUAAGUUCUUCAGCCAGUUUGUCAACAAACUGUUAUAUGCUAAAGAGGGUGUCAAGGAUAUUGUAGACAGAACUUGCGCCGACUUACCAUGGCAAGUAAGCCUUGAAGUUGAUGGUAAAAGCAUUGAAAUCCCAGAGAAUGCUGAAGGCGUGCUUGUCCUAAAUAUUGGGAGCUACAUGGGAGGUGUUGAUCUUUGGCAAAAUGACUAUGAUCACGAUGACGACUUUGAUCUGCAAUCAAUGCAUGAUAAAACACUUGAAGUGGUUUGCAUAUCUGGAACAUGGCAUCUUGGAAAACUUCAGGUAGGACUUUCACAGGCUCAAAGGCUGGCUCAAGGAAAAGUUGUAAGACUACACAUACACAGUCCCUUCCCAGUUCAGAUCGAUGGUGAACCAUGGAUCCAGCAACCUGGCUGCCUAGAAAUAACUCAUCAUGGACAGAUGUUUAUGCUGAGGAGGGCAUCUGAUGAGCCCACUGGGCAUGCGGCUGCAAUCAUGAGUGAUGUCCUUGUGAAUGCAGAAUGCAAUGGUCUCAUAAAUGCUUCUCAAAAGAGAUUACUUCUCCAGCAAAUAGCACUUCGUCUCUCGGCCUGACUACCCACAUUGUAACCCAGCAUACAUACUCUCAUCCUUCACACCGUAUACUUGGUCAUGAUAAAGGAGUCAAGAGAAGAUACUUAUAUUUUUGCUAAAAAGGAUUUGUACAUCUAUACACCAACGGAGGGGAAAGUGGUGAGUCCCUCCUCCCUUUUAACAGUGAACCCUUCCUCUUGGGUUCUUACACGGUAUGGAUUUGGAAAUUUUCCUCUUAAGCUCUGAGAGGCUUAGUUCACACUAGAUGGCGGCACACAGAGUAUAUUACUAAAUAGGGUGAAGAGAAACAGCCCUGCGAGAAAGCAGGAUUUUGUAACAUGUAGAGAUUAGAGCUUUCAAGAAAAUAAUAGUGGCUAUGAAAGGAUUCUAUUUGGGGUGAAAUGAUCAGUGAUUCCAUUCUUUUGUCA